UCACAAACAUUCGUUUGCAGUUGCUGGAGAAAAGGGACAUGUUAGAAGCAGACUGGGCCGAACAGCAGCAGCACGUCUAGACGAGAGAUACGGACACCCUCUCAGAGAUGGGCCACAUCGCCCAGAGGGGACGGAGACGCGUUUAAAGAGUGUAACAACAGCCAGGGUUCGGUGUGGUGUCUUUGCAGGAGUUAUCUGAUGUUUAAAAUGUGGGAGAUGGUGGCGUUACCGAGAGCGAGCUCUCCCUUCCUGUCGUCUAGGACAAGAUGGCAGCAAUGCAGGCGAACUGUGCAUGGUAUGGAUUUAUAAGUCCAUAACAUGUUCACAGUAGCCUUGGAUCUUACUUACAGUGACUCCAUGUGAAGGUAUGGCCUCACAAGUCUUGGUCUACCCACCACACAUUUAUCAUACCCAGACAAGUGCCUUUUGCAGUGUGAAGAAACUUAAAGUUGAGCCCAGCAGCUGUGUGUACCAUGAGAGGGCAUACCCGCAGACUUAUCUGAACAGCAGAACCCUUGGCAUUGUGCACCCAACGAAACAAACCCACUCGUUUGUGAACCAAGACUUUGCAGUGGGUGUAAAAGUACGUGGAGGGCGAGAGUUCCCUGUGCAGACGGUGGUUGUACGUGGCGUUCAAAGACAGCAGCCCAGUAAAAGAGGAAGAGGCAGAGGAGGAGGAGGAGCGGGCCCAGGCCCAGUUGCGGUCGAGCACCGACUGGCCACAGGUGGUUUCCACUUGCAGGUCAAGGAGGAGCCGCGGCCGACAGACGCAGCAAGAGGGGGCAGCAGUGGAGCAUCAGGGGCAGGAGGAGGGGGAAGGGGAGAGGGCUGCAGUGGAGGAGGUCCGGAAGUUGGGGAAGAGGAGAGCGACAGAGAAGAGAACGGUGGAGCUUUGAACUCAGCUGACAGCUCUCUGCGAUGUGGGCUGAAACGUAAAAGUGAGGAACUGGAUAAUCGAGGGAGCACCAUGCAGAUUGUGGAGGAACUGACAAUGUUACCUGCCAUGUUGCAAACUACGAAUGUGGGAAACGCAGCAGUGACUGCGCCCGCUGCUGUGGGGGCUGGAGGGGUUCCCUCAAAACAAGGUGCAGGCCCUGGGGGUGUAGGUGCAGCAGGAGGAGGGGAUGGGGACUAUCAGGUUGUACAGCAUGAAGUCCUGUGUUCCAUAAAGAAUACUUAUGAAGUGUUGGAUUUUUUGGGACGCGGCACAUUUGGCCAGGUUGUAAAAUGCUGGAAAAGGGGCACAGGGGAGGUUGUGGCUGUGAAGAUCCUGAAAAACCAUCCUUCAUAUGCACGACAGGGUCAAAUAGAAGUCGGCAUCCUUGCUCGUCUGAGUGGGGAGAAUGCAGAUGAGCACAACCUGGUGCGAGCCUUUGAAUGCUUCCAGCACCGCAGUCACACCUGCUUGGUUUUCGAGAUGCUCGAGCAGAACUUGUAUGAUUUCCUGAAACAGAAUAAGUUCAGCCCUUUGUCCCUGAAAGUGAUCAGACCUGUGUUGCAGCAGGUGGCUACAGCUCUUAAAAAACUGAAGAGCAUGGGUCUCAUACAUGCAGACCUCAAACCGGAGAACAUAAUGCUGGUGGACCCAGUGAGGCAACCCUACAGGGUGAAGGUGAUAGAUUUUGGAUCUGCCAGCCACGUGUCCAAAGCAGUGUGCUCCACUUACCUCCAGUCUCGGUACUAUAGGGCUCCAGAGAUUAUUUUGGGAUUGCCAUUUUGUGAAGCCAUAGACAUGUGGUCCCUAGGCUGUGUGAUAGCUGAACUCUUUCUUGGCUGGCCUCUUUACCCCGGGGCUCUGGAGUAUGACCAGAUUCGCUAUAUUUCUCAGACGCAAGGCUCGCCAGGAGAACAUUUACUGAACACGGGGACAAAGACGGCACGUUUUUUUUGCAGGGAGGCAGAUUCUCCCUAUGCAUCAUGGAGACUCAAGUCCACAGAGGAGCAUGAGACGGAAACAGGAAUGAAGUCAAAGGAAGCCAGGAAGUACAUCUUCAGCUGCUUGGAUGACAUAGCGCACGUGAACAUGGUAAUGAAUCUGGAAGGUAGUGAUUUGUUGGCCGAGAAGGCAGACCGUAGAGAGUUUGUGGGCCUGCUGAAGAAGAUGCUGUUGAUUGAUGCGGAGGAGAGGAUUGCACCUGCAGAUGCUCUCAGCCACCCCUUUGUGACGAUGCAGCACUUGCUCGACUUCCCACACAGUAACCAUGUGAAGUCAUGUUUCCACAUCAUGGAUGUGUGCUGGACUCGUCCCAAUGCAUAUGAGGCGGCCAACAGAAAUAAAGGCCCUUUUGUCAGACCUGUGACUGCAAACACCGCCUCCUCAGUUAACCAUCCCUUUAGCAAGAUGACUGGCGUCCAUGCUCAAGGCUUGGCCCCAUCUGCCCCCUCAGUGAUGCACCCUGGGAUAGCACUGCAAACAGGAGGUGGUCAGUUUGGAUGCAGUGAUUCAUUUCAACAAGCACUCAUUUUGUGUCCCACCUCCAUUCAAGGAAUCCCUGCAAACACAACUAAACCAUCGGGCUACUCUGUUCGUAUGGACACCUCUGUGCCCCUGGUAACUCAAGCUCCUCCCAUCCAGCCCAUACAGAUCAGACCAGGAGUCAUCACACAAGCCUGGUCCAACCGUGCUCAGCAGAUACUGGUGCCCACUUGGCAGCAGGUGACAUCAGUGCCUCCUCCACAAACCACGUUGGCAUCUGACACUGUGGCAGGCUCACAAAGAUUAGGCGACUGGGGGAAAGUGCGUGCCCAUGGCAACCAUUACAACUCCAUGAUAGCACACCCUCAGCCGUUUUUAACCAACCAAAUGACCAUGUCCACCCACCAGCCCAUCAAUAUAGGCAUUGCACAUGUGGUGUGGCCACAGCCGACUGCCAACAAGAGAUCCAAGCAUUGUGUGAACAGAGGCAGCAACUUCUCCCAAAACUCAAACAUCCAAAAUAUAGCAUGCCAAUCCCCAAAGAUGGCUGACACGGCAAAGAAUGUGGUGGAAGUCGCAGAAGAAAAAGCCAAAUGCCCGGAGGGAGAGCACGCUGUUGGAGAGGAGCGAAGAACAGAACAGGUUGAGGAGGAAGAUGUGGAGAACUGCUGCAAGGUGAAGCCAGACUGCGCGGUGCUGUCAGUUUCCCAGGAGCAGCGGCAGGCCAUGGUGGUUUCCGAGCUCACCAGCCCGACUGUUAGUGUCAUUAGUAUCAGCAGCGACGAGGAGGAGAGCACCCAGAGGCACUCGAUGGAAGAAUGUAAAGGUAGUGCCGAUUGUGAGGCCUGUCAAAGCACUGUCAGCAUGGAAAGGGUCUGCUCACUCAGUAGUCCAGACAGCACACUCAGUACCAGCUCUUCAGCCUCAGCCCAGUCCAGCACCUCACCAUGCAAGAACCCCAACAGUAUGUCGGAUGACGAACAGGAGAGUGGUUGCGACACAGUUGAGAGCUCGCCCGCCUCAGACACCACUGGUCACGGCCACAGUCCCUUCAUAGAGCAACGCUACAUCGCUGACAACAACCAGAACUGUGAGCCUCGUGUCGCAUGCGUAGCUCCAGAGACGGAGCCUGGGAAACCGACAGUUCGUACCGUUGUGGUUCCUCCGCUGAGGGUGCAGAACAACAACAACAACGCUGCUGUCACAGAAACCCCUGGGCACACAGGUCACAUGGCCUGGGAUUACCCAGUCUUAGUAGGCUACAGAGGUUCUCACAGUCAUAGAGUCAUCAUGCCAGUCCAGAGGACGGUGCAGCAUUUUGGUUCCUGCCAUCAGGAAUGGAAUGGCAACUUGUCCCACCGCAGACCACAGGCCUACAUCGCUCCAACCAUGCAUGGACACACGUUCACCCUGUCCCACAGCAGCCCCAACCACACUACGGGGCCCCAUCCACACCUUGGUGGCCACCCGCACUCUCAGCCUACCUUGUUGUCCUACCCCCCGUCUGGCCCCCUGGUCACAGCUGCCCCCAUGGCCCACCUCCUGGCUUCUCCAGGAGCUUCCCGCCCCAUGCUGCAGCCCACCUACAGCAUCUCCCACCCUGCAGGUAUCGUGCAUCAGGUGACGGUGGGUAUCAACCCCCGGCUGCUUUCUUCACCCACUUUACACCCGCAGGGCCAGUUCAAGCCCCUCUUUCCCCCGCACUCCUACAUCGCCUCACCGGCCUAUGCCAGUUUCCCACUCAGUCCCACCAAAAUAAACCAGUACCCUUACAUCUGA